AUGUGGGAUUAUUCUCAAUAUCACAUACUACUUAUAAACAUAUCUACCCCGGAAUAUGGCUCUGGAUUUCCGCAACAUGACAGCAUGAACGACUAUCAGCUCGGCGACGCGAUUACCAUUGAUCAUAUUCUUGGUCAGCACGACUUUGGGCCGAUUCAAGGGCAGUCCGUUGCUCCUUAUACUCAACAAAACCCACCAUCGCAAAAUAUUGGCCACCAGAGCCUGGUAACGUCCAGUAAUGGCACAAGUACUACUCAACCUCCAGCCCACCAUAUGAUCGCGGCUACAACCUCCAGUACUAGCAGUAAUGCCUCGUCUACCUCAAACUCACAUCAGGAAGUCGUGUUUGAUCAACAAUUUCAAGCACCAGCAGCUGCCUCUCAUCCUCUCAACUCGGUAUAUGCUGCAGCUUAUCCAGCAACCUAUGGCCAACAGCAGUACCAUGUGUCAGUUCCUGCAGGUCGGGCAGUCGAGUCAUACCCUCCUACUCCCUCUCCGGAGACUAAUAUCAACAACAACUUGACCUACCACUACUCGCGAAGCACUUCUUCAACAGGCAGAUCCCCUACACCUUCAAGGAAUACUCCUCUGCUUCAAGAGUUCAUUCUACCGAUCCAAGUCAAAGCCGCGCCGUUCUGCGACACCAACGACAUUCUGGAAAUGGACUACGAGGCAUAUGACCUCGAGACGUUUGAAGAUUACAGCCCAGAGCCUGCAGCAAACUUCCACCCAGCGCCAUAUACAGGCAGUCCCAACAGCUUGAUCAACUCGAUAUCACGAGACAUAAAGAAGGCAGAGGAGAUUGCAAUCACGCGCAUGAAGUACCACAGCUUUGGAUACAUUGAUUUGAGAGAGGGAAUGUUUGGAAAGUUGAAUCUGCGCCGGCCUGGUGCCUGGUCCAGAUGCCCCUCAGCCUCAGUCGCUAGAAAAAUCAGACGAAGAUGA